AUGCCAGCUCUGGAGCCAGGGAAGCAGAGGGAUCAUGCUGUCAUCCUUGGGUUAUUCCUUGCUGCUGCUCUUGUUGUGGCUGUCCAGAGUUCCUGCAGUGCUCCACCACGCCUGGUGUCUGCUGAGCUCAAGGAGGAAUUCCUUGGCCUCAGCACCUUUGCUUCUGGAGCCAAGGUGGCAUACAGGUGUCGGCCAGGCUACAUGAGGAGGGCUGAGGUCUCCAACACCUUUGUCUGUGGCAGGAAUGGCGACUGGCACGGCUCCACCGACCUCUGUCUGCCAAAGCUCUGCAGCUACCCUGGAGAGCCUGACAACGGCAGACUUGUCCUAGCAGGAAAGUUCUAUUUUGGUUCAGCAGUGAACUUCACCUGCAACACUGGGUACAGGCUGGUUGGAAGUCCUCAAAUCCACUGUGUCAUUGUCAAUGGGAUUGUUGCGUGGGACAGAGAUAUUCCCUUCUGUGAGGCAAUACCUUGUUUACCCCCUCCCAAAAUAGCUAAUGGAGAGCACAAUGCAGCUGACAAAGAGAGCUUUGAGUAUGGAGCAUCAGUGACUUACAGGUGCCACAAUGUCAGGAGGGGAGAGAAACCUUUCUCACUGGUUGGAGAUGCCUCCAUCUUCUGUACCACCACAGACAAUGUCAAUGGUGUCUGGAGCAAGCCACCCCCAGAGUGCAGAGUGGUUACCUGUGAGCAUCCCAGCAUCCCAAAUGGGAAGCUGCUGAGCGGGUUCCAGCUUUCCUACAGCUACCAGGACACCAUCCUCAUGGACUGCAACUUCCGCUACAGCCUGAACGGCAGCGACACCUCCACCUGCAAGGAGGAUGGCCUCUGGGACCCCCCCCUGCCCCUCUGCCAGCUCAGCAGCUGUGAUAACCCUCCAGAUGUGUCUAAUGCUGUCAAAGCAAAGCUGGCUGGGAACCUGUUCCCUGUGGACACCAUCGUCACCUACGAGUGCAGGGAGGGCCACGAGUUCAGCCCAGGAGAGACCACCAGGCACAUCAAGUGUCUGCCAGAUUUCACAUGGUCUGAAGCUCCCCAGCCUUGUGAAAGAAUUCGUUGCCCAAAUCCAGACAUCAGGAAUGGGAAGCCUGUGUAUGUGUGGGAAGAGAAAGAGCAUUAUGUGUUUGGAGACAGGCUGGAAGUGACCUGUGACGAUGGCUACGCUUUCAAAGGUCAUCCCAACCACCUUGUCCUUUGGUGUCUCAGGGAUGGGAGCUGGGAUCCACCAGUGCCAGAGUGCACUACAGAACCUCGUUGCCCAAAGCCAGAUGUUGCUCAUGGAAGAGAGGUUCAUAGAAGCAAAAGUGACUACAGAGUUGGGACCCAGCUGAGGCUGGAGUGUGAUGCAGGAUAUGUCCUCAGGGGCCAGGACUCCACCACAUGUCAGCCUGAUAUGAGCUGGAGUCCCUCCUUACCAUUUUGUGACAAAGUCUGUGGCCCUCCUCCACACAUCACCCAUGGGCAGCACUCUGGCUUGGGACAGGAGCACUUCUCCUAUGGAGCAGAGGUGACCUACAGCUGUGCAGAGGGACUGUCCCUCAUUGGGGAUGCCUCCAUCUACUGCACCUCUGAAGAUGGGGUGAACCUGGUCUGGAGUGGACCUGCCCCCGAGUGCAAGGUGGUUCGGUGCCCCAGGCCUGCAGUGGAGAGGGGCAGGAUGGCUCCACAGAGGUUCACCUUCCCCUACAAGGCCACUGUCAGGUUCUCCUGUGAUGAAGGCUUCGUACUGCAUGGUGCUGCUGAGAGCCAGUGCCUGAGUGACAGCUCCUGGCACCCUCCUCUGCCCACCUGCCAGCCAGUUCGGUGCUUCCGGCCCACUGGACAGGGUGCCCCAGUGGUUCGUCCACACAAGUUAUGGUAUGAGGUGAAUGAAACCCUCUCCUUCCAGUGCCACCCUGAUGACUACCCAAGAGAAAACUCCAAAGCCACCUGCUCAGCCAAUGGCACCUGGGUACCACCACUCACCUGUAAAAAGCUUCCAGUGUGUGAGAAGGUUCUUCGAAAUGCUGAACUUUUCCAGUGUGGAAUUCCUAUGGCAGAAAUCAAAACUCUGCUGGAAGUCCAGAAACUCUUCCUGGAGGUUGAAAGGCUUGAGGAGCAGGUGGGUGCUGGUCUGAUGGGACCUGGAGGUGAUGGGAGCAGGUGGGUGCUGAUGGGACUGAGUGCAGUGAGGAGAGCAGUCUGUGGUCCCCCUCCCCAAAUCAGCAAGGGGCAGCACUCCAACCCCCUAGAAGAGAAGUUCUCCUAUGGCUCAGAAAUCAAGUACAAGUGUGCAGAGGGACUGUCCCUCAUUGGGGAUGCCUCCAUCUACUGCACCUCUGAAGAUGGGGUGAACCUGGUCUGGAGUGGACCUGCCCCUGAGUGCAAGGUGGUUCGGUGCCCCAGGCCUGCAGUGGAGAGGGGCAGGAUGGCUCCACAGAGGUUCACCUUCCCCUACAAGGCCACUGUCAGGUUCUCCUGUGAUGAAGGCUUCGUACUGCAUGGUGCUGCUGAGAGCCAGUGCCUGAGUGACAGCUCCUGGCACCCUCCUCUGCCCACCUGCCAGCCAGCUGAAGUGAAAACUCUGCUGGAGGUGCAAAAACUCUUCCUGGAGAUUAAAAAACUGAAGUUGGAGGUAGAAAACUUGUCCAAGCCAUCCAGCGAUGAGCACGUCAGCAGCUUCCCUGUUGGGUCCAGGGUGACCUACACCUGCCUUGAGGGCACCAUCAAGGUGCCAGGGAGGUCAGACACGGUGCAGUGCCUGCCUGGUGCCCGCUGGUCACAGCUGCCCGAGCCCUGCGGCCGGAGCUGUGCUGCCCCAACAAGGCUGAGGUUUGCUGCCCUCUCCAAGGUGGAUGAGAGGAUUAAUUUCUUCCCUGUUGGGACCAACGUGAGCUAUGUCUGCCGGCCUGGCUACGAGAACACCUCAGAGAGUGCCCCCAGCAGCACCUGCCUUGACAACCUGACGUGGUCAGAGGCUGCUGAGCUGUGCAGGAGGAAAUCCUGUGGGGAGCCAGGAGUGGUGCCUGGGGGCAGGAUGGAUUUUCUGACAGACCUGCAGUUUGGUGCCACAGUGAAGGUGCUCUGCCAGGAGGGACUCCGGGAGGGGCCCCGCUGCGCCCCUGCCCUCCACGCCCUGCGCCGAGCGGAGCCGGGCGGUGAUCGGGGCUGGGCUGCCCAGUGCUGGACUGCUGUGACCGGUGCUGCGCUGCCCGGUGCUCGGGACUGCUGUGACCGCUUCCCGUUCCGUUGCCCAGUGCUCGGUUUACCGUUACUGGGCUGCCUGGUGCUCUGCUAUCCGGUUCCUGCUCGGCUUCUCGGUGCUGGACUGCUCGGUGCUCCGGUUCCUGCUCCGCUCCGGUUCUCGCACCGCUCUGGAUGGGCAGCAGCGAUGGGCUCCGGGCACCGCCGCUUGCUCCUGGCCGCGCUGCUGCCGGUGCUGCUCCCUGAGGCGUGGGGUGACUGUGGGCCGUUGCCAAACAUCAGCCAUGCAGAGCCUCCAGAAGACACUAAACACCAGGGAGUCUUCAGCGUGGGCUCCAGGGUGACCUACAGCUGCAUUAAGGGCUACAUGAAGCGCCCCUCGCUCUCAGACACCAUCCAGUGCCUUCCCAACUCCCAGUGGUCCACCCUCCCUCUCUUCUGUGGCCGUAGCUGCCCCAGUCCCCUCCAUGUGUUCUUCGCUAGACUCUCCCAAGAAGAUGAACUGAAGAAUUUUUACCCUGUGGGUACCACAGUGAGCUACAUUUGUCGGCCAGGCUACGAGAACCCCACAGCUCAGCUCCCCACCAGCACCUGUCUGGACAAUUUGACCUGGUCAGAAGUUCCCAAGCUGUGUCACAGGAAGUCUUGUGGUGUCCCAGCAAAUCCACAGCAUGGCAGAGUCAUGGCAAAGGAUCAUCUGCUCCAUGCAGAAGCAGUGGUAGUUUGUGACCCUGGGUACACAUUAAAGGGAGUUUCACCUCUUGUCUGGUGCUCCCUAAGGGGAGAUGAAGCUGUCUGGAGUGAACUUCCAACGUGUUGGGCUAUUUCUUGCCCUCCACCUCCUCUUGUUCCCAAUGGGAAUCACAAUGGCAGCAGCUUGGAGGAGUUCACCCACAAUGUGGUUGUGCUGUACAGCUGUGAGCCUGGGCUCCAGCUCGUGGGCCGUGGAACUCUUCGCUGUGUGAUGGAGAAUGGGAUCGAUGGCUCCUGGAGUGGGGCUCCUCCUGAAUGCAGAGCCCUUGGACUUCUAGCUUGGAUCAUCCUGAGAAAGAAAGGGAAGAAAGCCCACUCUUCCAACCUGCCUUUACAAAAGCAGGAGAUGGAGGGCAGGGAUCCACCAAUGCACCCAGAGGUGGUGGAUGCUGAGAAGCAGCUCAUGACCUGGCAGUUCUAUUUUUGCCACACCACGAGUUGCCACGUGUGUCCCAUGUGUAAAGAGAAGCUGCACGCUGCCCUGGCUCCUCGUGCCCAGCCUGGGGACCAGGACUGUGACACCUGUGAGGAGAUGCUGAGUGUCCUGCCUGGCUCACCACUCAUCUACUCAGUCCCCAGCAUGGGGGACAGGGAGAGCUGGAGCCUCACAGCCACAAGCAUCCCUGCCGAAGCUGCAGAGGUGAAGAGGGAUGAGGACACAGGAGAAGCUCUUCCUGAGCAACAUGAACCCACAGGGUCCCAUCUGCUCUCCCUGCGCUGA